AUGCGCGGCGGGCGGUUAGAGACGUUACGGGAGGCUUCGGAGGUUGGAGCGGAGCGAGCGUGUCUCAUUGCGGAGCACGGCCGCGCAGAGCGCGGCCGCGAGGAGGCCUGCCCAUAUGUGAUGAAAACUCUCUACCUCAACGGCAACGAGAUCGGCGAGGAGGGCGCCAAGGCACUGGGCGUCGCCGCGAUCGCCGAGGCGCUGCGCGGCAACGGGGUGCUGACCUCCUUGGACGUGGGCUUCAACGGCCUCACCAAGGAGCAGGCCCUCGGCAUCGUCCGCGUCGAGCGGCAGCGCAACAAGCUGACCUCGCUGGGCUUGGCUGGCUGCCGUGUCGGCCCGACUGGCGCGGCAGAGAUCGCCGAGUACGUGUCGGGCAGCGCGGUAUUGACCUCCUUGGACGUAAGCAAGCACCAACAUGGCCGAGGAGGCGGCCCUCAGCAUCGUGCGUGUGUCGAGCGGCAGCGCAACAAGCUGACUUUGCUGUGCUUGGGUGGCUGCGGCAUCGGCCCGACUGGCGCCGCAGAGAUCGCCGACUACGUGUCGGGCAGCGGGGUGCUGAAAACCCUCAACCUCGAGUCGAACAACAUCGGCGGCGAGACAGGCUACAUCGAGGCGAGCGAGGUCGAGGGCGAGUCCAAGGAGGUCGGAGCUAAGGUGAUCUACCAGGGACGUGAGAUGGUUGUGAGCGUGGGGGUGGACUCCGACGGCGACCUGAAGCUGGUCGAUAUAGUGCAGACGGGCGUACUCGCGAUCGCCAAGGCCCUCGAGGUCAACGCGGUGCUGAACUCCUUGGACGUGGGCUUCAACGGCCUCACCGAGGAGGCGGCCCUCAGCAUCGUGCGUGUCCAGCGGCAGCGCAACAAGCCGACCUCGCUGGGCCUUGCUCGCUGCAAUAUCGGCCCAACUGUCGCCGUAGAGAUUGCCCAGUACGUUUCGGACAGCGAGGUGCUGGAGAAAAUCGACCUGUCCUCCGUGUCAACCGUUUGGGCGACGAGGGGGAGGGAGUGA